GACAGUAGUAACAGUGUGAGGAUGCCUUGUCCUCAUUUUUAUUACUUCAGAGAUUUUAUUGCUGGCAGCCAGAUGUGCUGAAACUCCUGACGACAGCAUCUAUUCACUGCGUGUUUUUAAUAGGCUUAGAGAAAUAUGAGUAUAGUACAUGAAAGCAGCUCAGCUUCACACUUCAUCUGGGAAUGCCCAAAAAGCUUUCUGCUGUUUAGAAUUCUUGCUACAGUCAGGAGAAAGCCGCACGGGUACUAAAUCUUCUACGACUGAAUUAGAAGAAUAAUGACUGUACAAUUAACUAUCAACCCCUGCUCAUUUAGGCACAGUUUUUACAGAGAUCAGGAGAAAUAUGGAACUUGAUUGGCAUGUUUGCAUUUGAUGGUGUGUGCAAAACAGAUGACUUUUAAGACAGGUGGUGAAGAAAAAUAGAAGGGAAGGAAAGAGAGAAAAUGCAAUUUGAGACACUGCGCCAGGUCUGCAAUUCUGUUUUAUCUCAUUUUCAUGGGGUUUUCUCAUCCCCUCCAAAUAUUUUACAAAAUGAUCUUUUUGGACAGACAUUGAACAACACUAGGAAAAGAAGCCCAUCAAUAUCAAGAGAUCAGAACAGAAGAUACGACCAAAGGGAAGAAAGAGACGAAUAUUCACAGUAUGCUACAUCAGACAGUGCAAUGCCCAGGUCACCAUCAGAUUAUUCAGAUAGGCGGUCCCAGCGUGGCCCUCAGUUAUAUGAAGAACCUGAACCAGGUGAUUACAGAGAUUCCAACCGAAGGAGUCGCAGGCGUUCCAAGGAGUAUCCGGUAGAGGAAGAGGAUGUACAGAAUAGGGAAGAAUAUGAAAGGCAGCGGAGGGAAGAGGAAUACCAGGCACGAUACCGAAGCGAUCCUAAUCUGGCUCGUUAUCCAGUUAAGCCACAACCAUAUGAGGAACAAAUGCGUAUCCAUGCCGAAGUAUCCCGAGCACGUCAUGAACGGAGACAUAGUGAUGUCUCAUUGGCAAAUACUGAGUUGGAAGAUUCCCGGAUAUCUAUGCUGAGGAUGGAACGACCAUCAAGACAAAGAUCUGUGUCUGAGCGCAGAGCUGCCAUGGAGAAUCAGCGUUCAUACUCUAUGGAAAGAACUCGAGAGGCUCAGGGACCAAGUCCCAAUCGUCAGAGGACCACAAACCAUAGCCCUCCUACACCUAGGAGGAGUCCAAUUCCUCUGGAAAGACCAGACAUGAGGCGUUCUGAUUCUUUAAGGAAACAACACCAUUUGGAUCCCAAUUCUGCUGUACGGAAAACAAAACGUGAGAAGAUGGAAACUAUGUUACGGAACGAUUCGCUCAGCUCAGACCAGUCUGAAUCUGUCAGACCUCCACCACCAAAGCCCCAUAAAACCAAAAAGGGAGGUAAAAUGCGCCAGGUUUCGUUAAGCAGCUCAGAAGAAGAACUGGCCUCUACUCCAGAAUACACAAGUUGUGAUGAUGUAGAGAUUGAAAGCGAAAGUGUUAGUGAAAAAGGGGACAGUCAAAGGGGAAAAAGAAAAACUAGUGAGCAGGCAGUUUUGUCGGAUUCUAACACCUUAUCUGAGAGACAAAAGAAAAUGGUAUGCUUUGGUGGCCACUCUUUGGAAGAGGACUUGGAAUGGUCUGAGCCUCAGAUUAAAGACUCUGGGGUAGAUACGUGUAGUAGCACAACUCUAAACGAGGAGCAUAGCCAUAGCGAAAAGCAUCCAGUAACCUGGCAGCCAUCCAAAGAUGGAGACCGUCUCAUUGGUCGGAUUUUGUUAAAUAAACGACUAAAAGAUGGAAGUGUGCCUAGAGACUCGGGAGCAAUGCUUGGAUUGAAGGUAGUAGGAGGAAAGAUGACUGAAUCAGGUCGACUCUGUGCAUUUAUCACCAAAGUUAAAAAAGGAAGCUUAGCUGAUACAGUGGGACAUCUUAGACCAGGUGAUGAAGUAUUAGAAUGGAAUGGACGGCUACUACAAGGAGCCACCUUUGAGGAGGUGUAUAACAUCAUUUUAGAGUCCAAACCUGAGCCGCAGGUGGAGCUUGUAGUUUCAAGGCCAAUUGGGGAUAUUCCCAGAAUACCUGACAGCACACAUGCACAGCUGGAGUCCAGUUCUAGUUCAUUUGAGUCUCAAAAAAUGGACCGACCUUCUAUUUCAGUGACUUCUCCUAUGAGUCCUGGCAUGUUAAGGGAUGUUCCACAGUUCUUGUCUGGACAACUUUCAAGCCAAAGCCUUAGUAGAAGAACAACGCCUUUUGUUCCUAGGGUUCAGAUAAAACUGUGGUAUGACAAGGUUGGUCAUCAGUUAAUAGUCACGAUAUUGGGAGCAAAGGAUCUUCCUUCAAGGGAAGAUGGGAGGCCAAGGAAUCCUUAUGUUAAAAUUUACUUUCUUCCGGACAGAAGUGAUAAAAAUAAAAGAAGAACAAAAACAGUAAAGAAAACAUUGGAACCUAAGUGGAACCAAACAUUCAUUUAUUCUCCAGUUCACCGGAGAGAAUUUAGAGAACGAAUGUUAGAAGUUACUCUUUGGGACCAAGCACGAGUUCGAGAGGAAGAAAGUGAAUUUUUAGGCGAGAUUCUUAUUGAGUUAGAGACAGCAUUACUAGAUGAUGAACCUCACUGGUACAAACUUCAAACACAUGAUGUCUCUUCAUUGCCACUUCCCCACCCCUCACCAUAUUUGCCACGCAGACAACUCCAUGGCGAGAGUCCCACACGGAGGUUACAAAAUAAAGGCUUAUAUUCAUAUAAUUCAGGGUCCAAAAGAAUCAGCGAUAGUGAAGUCUCUGACUAUGACUGUGAUGAUGGAAUUGGUGUUGUUUCAGAUUAUCGACAUAAUGGGAGAGAUCUUCAAAGUUCCACGCUGUCAGUGCCAGAACAAGUUAUGUCAUCUAAUCAUUGCUCUCGAUCAGGAUCCCCUCACCGUGGUGAUAGCAUAGGACGUACUAGAUCGUGGUCUCCCAGCGUCCCUCCCCCACAAAGUCGUAACGUGGAUCAGGGACUACGAGGGACUCGAUCUACCCCUGCACAUUACAAUACCCUGAACCGAAUGGAUAGACACCGUGUAAUAGAUGACCACUACUCACCGGACAGAGAGAGGAGGACUAGGCAGGAGAGAAGAGUGCCUAAUACAUAUUAUGACGACACAACCUAUACUCCUGAAAGGUGGUACAAUGGUGCAAGUUCAUGGGCAGAUCAUGUAGUCAAUGGUUCAGCUGAAAAUUAUGGGAAUUGUGAAGCAGCAGAUAGACAGCCAUAUCAAAGAUCCAGAUCAACAGAGCAACAUCCUGUGCUAGAGCGGACCAACUCCCGCUCCCGAUCCACAGAGCGUCCUGACUCAAACCUCAUCAGGUCGAUGCCUUCAUUAAUGACUGGAAGAUCUGCCCCUCCUUCACCUGCCUUACCGAGGUCACACCCUCGAACCGGGUCCAUUCAAACAAGUCCAUCAAGCACUCCAGUAGCAGGGCGAAGGGGGAGGCAGUUACCACAGCUCCCACCAAAAGGGACAUUGGAGAGAAACAAUGGAGACAAGGAGAUAGAACCUUAUGAAGAAGAAAAGAAAGCAGAUCCAGAGAAUGGGGAUGCAGGUGCUAUGGAUGUAGAAGAGAGGAAUCGCCAAAUGAAAAUGAGCAAGUACAAACAGGUAGCGGGAUCAGAUUCCAGGCUGGAGCAAGAUUAUCCUUUUAAGUAUCGGUCAGGACGGGAUCCUCAGCGAGGCUCAGACAAUGUUUCCAAUAAGUCUUCAGACAGCGAUGUCAGUGAUGUCUCAGCUGUGUCAAGGACAAGCAGUGCUUCGCGCUUCAGCAGCACAAGCUACAUGUCCGUCCAAUCAGAGCGACCAAGAGGAAACAAGAAAAUAAGUGUCUUUACAUCCAAAAUGCAAAGCAGACAGAUGGGCGCCUCAGGAAAGAACAUGACCAAGAGCACCAGCAUCAGCGGGGACAUGUACACACUCGACAAGAACGAUGGCAGCCAGUCGGACACGGCAGUGGGCACUGUUGGUGGUGGCGGCAAAAAGAGACGCUCCAGCAUUGGUGCCAAGAUGGUCGCCAUUGUGGGCCUCUCGAGAAAAAGCCGCAGCACGUCACAACUCAGCCAAACUGAAGCGGGUGGUAAGAAGCUGCGGAGCACUGUCCAGAGAAGCACUGAGACAGGACUGGCUGUGGAGAUGAGGAACUGGAUGACACGUCAGGCCAGCCGGGAAUCUACAGAUGGGAGCAUGAACAGCUACAGCUCUGAGGGAAAUUUGAUUUUCCCUGGUGUGAGAUUGGCUGCAGAUAGCCAGUUCAGUGAUUUUCUGGAUGGACUUGGUCCUGCCCAGCUUGUAGGGCGACAAACUUUGGCAACACCAUCAAUGGGAGAUAUCCAGGUGGGAAUGAUGGACAAGAAAGGACAGUUGGAAGUAGAAAUAAUUCGAGCUCGUGGCCUUGUUGUAAAACCAGGUUCAAAGACACUGCCAGCACCAUACGUAAAGGUGUAUUUAUUAGAAAAUGGAGUCUGCAUAGCCAAAAAGAAAACAAAGGUAGCAAGAAAAACUCUGGAACCACUUUAUCAGCAACUUCUAUCAUUUGAAGAAAGUCCCCAAGGAAAAGUUUUACAGAUUAUUGUUUGGGGAGACUACGGACGAAUGGAUCACAAAUCCUUUAUGGGAGUGGCACAGAUACUUUUAGAUGAACUGGACCUGUCCAACAUGGUGAUUGGGUGGUUCAAACUUUUCCCUCCUUCCUCCCUAGUAGACCCAACCUUAGCUCCUCUCACUAGAAGAGCCUCCCAGUCAUCUCUGGAAAGUUCGACGGGACCUUCGUAUGCUCGCUCAUAGCAGCUGUGAAACUGUUGUCAUAGCAACCAGCGUUACAAAACGAAAAAAAAAUUACAGGUCGCAAACCCUGGUAACACUGCAUGCUUAAUGUUGUGUCUUCUGAGCCUGUUUCUAGGGCUACAACGCGAUCCUGUGUUCUCAAGGAAGUUGCACACAUUGUGCCCUAUGGAAGGCCCUCAGGGGAAGGACUGACGGUGUAACAAACUGACAGGUUUGGAGUUCAGGGACACUCAGUUUUGGUCCAAUCCGAAGCCAUGGACUAAACUAAAAGAAUCAAUCUGUUUCAUGCAACAAAAGUCCUUUUCAAUGGCAUAUCUAUUUUGUUGCUCCCGUUUCUUUAUUUAUCUGCCCUCCCCGCUCCUGAAGCUUGGUUAUGCCGCAGAAAUGGCGUUUCCCUCCCAUGAAGCCAUGUCGCAAGUCAGUGGAUUUGCAGACAUUGGAAGAACAUAAGAACUCUUGAAAAGAAAAGUCAGCUGUCAUUUGAAACAGUUACUUGAAAACUCUCCAUACUGAAAAGGUUCAAGACUUAAGAGUGGCAGGCUUCGUAGCUCCAGCUGUAGUCACAGUGAAACCCCAGAUGUGAUGGACUCUCUGAAAAAUAAAAUUCCGUGGAUAUACUGUACUGUAUGAAAUUAAAGAAACUUUUUUGCAUGGACACAGAUUUAGCUGAACACUUAAAUUAUUUUCUUGGGGCUGCAACUUGCAAAAAAAUAAAUAAAUAAAUAAAUCAGCCAUUUUCAACAAUUUAUAUUAUUUUUAAAAAUAAAUUUCACUAGUGCAUGGUUUUAAAGGGAAGAGAAUGCAACAGGGUGAUAAAAAGACACACCACGUUUAUCAUUCUUUAAACCAGUCAUGGUCUGUAUUUUUGCAGACUUAUAUUACAAAUAAUUUCUAGCAAAUAUUUAAAAUUCUGUUUAUGUGACAAGAAAUAAGUGUAAUAUAUUAAAUUUAUUUAAAUGUAAAAGGUACAAGCCUUGUAAAGUUCAACAUAAUGUGCAAAUUGUACACUUCUUUUACCUCCUCCUUCCUCUUCUCUCUUCCAAUCUCCCUUCUUCCUGUUGCUCUUUUUCCCCACUACCUCCCAGGAUGACCAUCAUACUCUAAAAUGGCUACCUUUUGACUUACUACUCUCUUAUGCCCCAUAUUUGGUUCAGGGUUGCAGAUUGUUCUUGCAGUUCUGAAUUAUUUGAGAAAAACAUUGUUUAAGAACUUACUUUUUUUCAAGCAUGUUGAAAAGGAUUUUGCAACAUGGCUUGGGAGUACAUUAAUGUAAUUCAGCAUGUAUUUGAUAAAGAAGAUAUUUGAACUUUUUGCAAUUUAUUGUACAGUGCAUGGUAACUUAUUUUCAUUUUUUUCUCACCUUCAGAUUGAAUUCUACAGCAAAAUACUGGAAUCAUAUGGCCAUUGUAAGAUGUUGUCAAUAAAUUUGUUUUCAGCACCAGCAUCAUUCAUUCAAGGGUUGAACUAUCAUUUCUGGAAGGUUUUGGAAAGAGAAAAAAAUUAAGUAAAUGUUUGAGGUUUUUUUAGGAAAUAAAUUUAAACAAUUUUAUUUGCACUAAACCAAAUAAAUUGCUACAUUCUUGGGUUUAUAAAGACAACAGAGGUUACUAAUUCUUACAGUUCUUCUGCUGUACAGUUCAAUUUUCAUGGACUACAGUUGUGUUGGCAAAGACAUAAUUCGGUAAUAUCAGUCAGAAAAAUGUCAAUCUUUGGUUCAUAAAAUAGCCUUAAAGAAAAGUUUAUCAGUACCACUCUAAGAAUUAUUUGUCACCAUUACCAGAACCCUCAGUGCAGGCAACAGAGCUUCAAAGCCCUAUUUUCUGUAGCAGACAGUAACUACCAGGGGGUGGUGCUGCAAGUUCAAGCUUCUCAUUAAAUUACGUUAUUUAAAGGGAAGGUAACUGGCUAACAUUUAAUAAGAAAAUGUCCCACUUUUCUGGGUCUUUGUAUGCCUUUAAUACCUACUUAAGAUUUAAUAUUGAAAUCUUGCAAUAAUUUUUGAAAUAUACAACGCAUUUAACUUUAAGGCCACACAGACUUAUUCUAAUUUUAUUUGAAAUUCUGUUAAUGUUGCCCAUUAAAAAAUUGUACAUGCCUCUUAAGAGGGCAAAAGUAAUAAUAGUAACACUUAAAAUGCCUUUUACUUUGUGCAAUAUCAUAUAAAUCAAGAUUGUGUCUUGUCCUCAGAGAUUAUAUAAUGGAUUAUUAUUUAGUUAAUGGACAGACUGGUAAACAUUAUAUUUAUGGAAAUAAUUUAGACACUUGUCUGCCAGCAAACAAAUAAAUAAUACCAACAUGCAGUGAACAGUAUCCCCUACAAUUGAACAAAAACACAUAACCCUUUUCCUGGAAUUGUGAGAUGCACUCACAUGUUCUUGUAUGCAUAGUCCUAUAUAAAUUAUUUCCAAUUUUAAAAUCAAGGACAUGACGCAUGGAAGGUUUGUACAUACUUGUCAUGAUGCAGUAUUUAUUUUAAAAAAAUUAAUGCUUUUUUUUUUUUUUAAUUUUCACACGUCUGCAACUCUACUUAUGGUUUAGUCAUGUAAAUAGCACUAUUCCAGUGAUCACUGCUGUCUUGUACAUAGUACGUUUUAAAAAGUUAAAAGGAAUUGCAGUUGGGGGGAAAAAAAAAAAAGGCAGAUUAGGCCUGUAAUGAACACCAACUAAUGUAAAUCAAAUUCAUUCUGGUGAUGGUAUUUAACACUUUAAAUAAAACAUUUUCUUUACAGAA